AUGGCACCACAUUUUCUUCACUCAGAGUAUCCUCGCUGGAACAAUCCAGUACUAGACCAGAGAUACUAUCGUUGGAACAGACUAUUUGAUACGCUGGACUUUGACGACGAUGAAUCUCUGGGAAAGAUUCUUCAAGCUGCUGGUGCAGCAGAAAGAUUUCAUCCUUUCAACCUCAAGCUCAUUGAAGGUACCGACUUGAACGAAUUUGAAAUGGUUGCAGUUCGCGACCUUUCGUAUGCGUUCAAUCGAAAUUUUCUCUGUCGUGAUAUAGUGCGCCACCUCAUACUAUUCUCCAGAUAUGAAGAUAAGGUCUUCACUCUUGGGAAUGCAACAAAGCUUUGCACGGAUAUACUCAAAAUUACCAAAUUGAGUCCUGUACGCCAGCCAGAGAUGUAUCUCCAGAUUCGGAGAGAGUUUUGUCGAUUAGCGCCAGACCUAGAGAAUCUUGAUGAAGAUGAAGCGGAGGCAGAAUUAGAUCAAUGGGCAAGAUGGGGGCAUCAUGAGAUACAGGUCAUCACGGGACUUGGUAUAAAAAAAUCUGCUCAGGGACAGGACGAUGAUCCAUUAUCUCUUGAAAGCAUGAAUACCAAUUUUGAGAAUAGUCGGGAGGUAACAUCCGUGCGAAAUAAAACUGAAGCGGAAAUAUUCGAGGCGGCUAAGGCGCUGAUCUCAAUGAGCACACGGGAAAGUGCAGACGGCCUGAUUGUGACUCCCGUUCCGACUACACAGAAACAAAUUUCCAAUAAAAGAAAGCGCGAAGAGCCAUGUAGUGGCCCAGAAAAUGAAUAA